AGAAAGAAUUCGUUAGAAUUAUAAAAUCCUACCAGGCUCCGUGCGAUUGAAUUAUCAAUUUGUUGAAUUUUGUUUGUGAAUAAACGGAACAAAAUGCCUUCUUUGGUCGAAAAUGAAGAUCCUCAACAAAAUAAGGAAGUCGCAGAAUGGAUGCGUUUUGGUAUGCGAUUGGGUGUGAGUGCUGCUCUACAUCCUCUGGAGUAUUCCAAGGUAUUGAUACAAUUGGGCUACGAACCAAUUGCUGCCGUGCCAGGACGUUCCAUCUUGGGACGACCAAUAAUGGUGUUGCCCAAUAUCUUUCAAUAUGCUGGUCAUAUACGUAAAAUUGAUGGCUUUUAUGGUUGUUAUCGUGGCCUGACUCCCAAAUUGGUGGGUUCAAUUUGCAGCAUGGUCUUGAGUGAAAAAAUAGCCGAUCGCUUGGGAUUGAAACCGCUUGAGGAGCCAAAAGAUGAUGUCAAUCUAAGUGAUGAAGAACUGCAAGUUAUAUUCAAGUCAGGUUUUAUAUGUGAGUUUUAAUCGAUAUUCUCCAACAGAUAUUUCCAAUUCAAACACAAUCUGAAGAGGGACAUUGUUCUCAGUGUAUCGGGCAUUAUUGUAUCCCAUCCGUUCCAUGUUAUUUCGGUGCGCAUGAUGGCCCAGUUUAUUGGCCGCGAAACCUUGUACAAAUCGAUAUUGGGUUCUAUAGCAGAAAUUUAUAAAUCUGAAGGCAUAAUGGGCUUCUUUUCGGGUCUUGUACCCAAGCUAUUGUGCGAUGUGGCUUGUUUGGUGUUGACCAGCUCCACGGUGUUUAUGAUUAACAAAUACGCUGUUAAAGACAAAUUGGGUCGCCAGUACACCGCUGGUUUUACACAGUUUGCAUUUUCAAGCAUUUUAUAUCCCCUUAAUGUGGUAUCCACCUGUAUGGCUGUUACGGGCUCUCGUCUCAUGGCCGGCCAACCACCAAUUAUGCCACAAUAUUCUGGCUGGCUGGAUUGUUUCAACGAUUUGCAAGCCAGAAACGAGCUGAAGCGUGGUAGUUCCCUGUUCUGGAGAUCGGCCGGUGGUUUUGUCAAGCCUACAUUCCGUGACAAUCGCGGUUAUGUACCAAUGCCAACAUUAGCCAAGUACCAAUAAAUACAUUGGACCAAUUACAAACCCCCAAGAACCACCUACUAAAGAAACAAAUCAAUCACUCCUUAUUCGUCUGUCUUUUGUUCCAGACUCUAACUUUGCUUUUUAUCUUCCUUAUUUGUAGGAAAUGUUCAUAAUUAUGAUAAUGAAAAUUAUGUUGAUGAUAAGACCGUUUGUUUUUCCAAAGAACUAGAUGAACUGUUGCAUUUUGCUUUUCAUAGAAACAUUUUUCGCAUGUUCUAUGAAGAACUUUGAUUUCGAUAAUUUAUUACCAGUCAGUCAGUCACCUUAUCUCUAUUUAUGUAUGGUGAUGACUGGGGAGGGCAUUUGAAGAGCUGCUCACGCCGCUGUCUAUUAUCUGUAUCAAUUCUUUUUCAUGAUAUAGGUGACAAUAUACCAAACUUCAAUUUUAUUUAAAAAAAACUACAUAAUAUUAUUUCUUUGUUUUUUCUUGUAUUUCACUGUUAUUUUUAAAACCCCAAAUCUUGUUGAUACAACUAUAAAAAUGAUCAAAAACAAUAAAAUAUAAAUUCAUUUA